AUGGCGGACUCUCCUUCACUGGAGGUUUGUAAACAGAGGUCGGAUGGUCACCUGGGAGGGAACCUUUAGUCACGAUUCCUGCAUCGCAGGGGGUUGGGCUAGAUGACCUUUGGGGACAUUUUCCAACUAUGAUUUUAUGAUUCUAAAAGUGAAAGGGAUGGUGAAAAAAACACUCCUGCUUGUUGAUUUUCUUAAGGAGAAACGGAAACUGUCUCCCUGGCUUUCUGCCACCCCCUUGUCGCCCCUGUUGAAGCAUCCUUUACCUAGGUUGUGCUGCGGCAGUGGGAAGUGGUGGCAGUUUGGGGUGAGAUCUUGCGAGAUUUGGGGGUGAGCUCAUGAGAUCUCACUGGAAAUCAUAGGAGCAAACUCCUAGGAGCCAAAGUUCCUUCAUGCCCCUCCCCAAAACCCACAAGGUUUACUCACAUCAAAAGUCUUGCUAGGAUACAUAUACAUAUACAGUGAUGAAAAUCAGGCAGCCAAUAAUCCUAAAACAUUACAAAUAUCCAUAGUCCAGUUCAAAAUGGCACUUGCUCUCUGGAGGAGAACAAAGAUACUGUCUUCACCCAUCGCAAAUAGGAAAAAGUGUGUGAGUUGCAGGUAGGAAUUAACCCAUUGUACAGUGGAACCUCUGGUUAAGUACUUAAUUCGUUCCAGAGGUCCGUACUUAACCUGAAACUGUUCUUAACCUGAAGCACCACUUUAGCUAAUGGGGCCUCCUGCUGCUGCCACGCCGCCGGAGCACGAUUUCUGUUCUCAUCCUCAAGCAAAGUUCUUAACCUGAAGCACUAUUUCUGGGUUAGCGGAGUCUGUAACCUGAAGCGUAUGUAACCUGAAGCGUAUGUAACCCGAGGUAUCACUCUAUUUCCCCCCACCACCAGGUUUGGAAUUAUGAUGUCAUAGAGUCCCCUCCACGCGGGUUCUGAGACAGCAGGCUACCUUUGUCCCGGUUUCCAAUUGUCUAGCAAUCGUGCCUUUGUGAUUUUGUCUGCAAAUCCUCCCACAGGGAGUUCGAGUCGGUGUCAGCAGUACGGAGCUAGACAAAUCAGUGUCCUGUCUCAUCAUAAGGCACCUCUGUUGGUGCUGCUUCUUGUGGGAAUGUUCAGGGAUGCAGGAGAGGAUAUACUGAUUAUAGCCUUUCCAACUUGUGUUAACAAGUUCACAAUUUAGCAGAGUAACAUUCCCCUUUUUAAACUCACAGCGGAUGCGUUUCUCAGGCUCGCUAAAGCCUCUAUAAUAAAUGUUCUGGUAUUUCCCCCUUUUUCCCUCAUAAAAGAUAAGACACGACACAGUCUUCUAUAAAAGUAUAAAAAGGUUUACUCACACAUCAUUCUGUUCACAAUCGGAUCCCAGAAGGCAGACUUAGCUUAGAAAAGUAACAUACACCUGGAAACUAUCUCAUAAGGAGACAGAGAGCAUCUUUGGCUAAGCAGAUGUUGCUUCUUUGAUGCAUGUAGUCAAAGAGAGAGAGAUGGCUGCCCUGCCCUGUGCUUUUGUCGUUACCUGCACAGGUGAGGCCAUGCCCACCUCUAGUCACAUGCAGAGGAAGUCUGUCCCAGCCCAGAAGGAAACAGGAAGUUUUCCUGCUGGCUGGACAAACAUUCCUCCCCAUGUGUAAACAUGUUCACUCUAGGAAUGUUGUACUUGACUGCUCUUGUGUUUCACAUCCCACACUUCUCUCUCCCCCCAGAGCCCACCCAAUCAUCCAACUCAACCAGGAUGCAGCUUCAGUACCUGAGAAGGCAUCGACUCACAUUAACCCUUUGUUCCCUGGGCACUUCCCAUUCCUCUUCUCUUCCUAGUAAACUCCUAGGGCAGGGACCUGGUCUACUCGCUGAUGAGAUUCACAUAGUGGUGCUGUGUGAACAACUGUGCAAUAAUUAUCCCCAGUAUAAAUUGUUGCUAUCUUGUGAGGGCUUUGUGUGACCGUGGAAUGGCAGGAUGUGCAUUUACUCAUUUAUUUGAACCAAGCUGAGCAGAAGCAUAAUCCCAACCACUUAGAAGCGAAGCUAGAGGUUCUCAGACAGCCUGGUAGAGCACAAGUGAGGAAUUAUUAUUAUUAUUAUUAUUAUUAUUAAUUUAUUAUUUAUACCCCGCCCAUCUGGCUGAGCCUCCCCAGCCACUCUGGGCGGCUUCCAAUCGAGUGUUAAAAACAAUACAGCAUUAAAUAUUAAAAACCUCCCUAAACAGGGCUGCCUUCAGAUGUCUUUUAAAGAUAAGAUAGCUGCUUAUUUCCUUCACAUCUGAAGGGAGGGCGUUCCACAGGGUGGGUGCCACCACCGAGAAGGCCCUCUGCCUGGGUCCCUGUAACCUCACUUCUCGCAAUUAGGGAACCGCCAGAAGGCCCUCGGCGCUGGAUCUCAGUGUCCGGGCUGAACGAUGGGGGUGGAGACGCUCCUUCAGAUAUACUGGGCCGAGGCUGUUUAGGGCUUUAAAGGUCAGCACCAACACUUUGAAUUGUGCUCGGAAACGUACUGGGAGCCAAUGCAGAUCUCUCAGGACCGGUGUUAUGUGGUCUCGGUGGCCACUCCCAGUCACCAGUCUGGCUGCCGCAUUCUGGAUUAAUUGCAGUUUCCGGGUCAACUUCAAAGGUAGCCCCACGUAGAGCGCAUUGCAGUAGUCCUGAGACCCUCCCGUCCUUGCUGGACUACAAUGUCAAUCAUCCCUGACCAUUGUCCCAUGUUGACUGCAGGGGCUGAUGGGAGCUGGAGUCCAAUGACACCUGAGUGUUACAGGUCACCCACCUUUGCAGCAGACUUUCAAGAAGGAUUCCAACUAGACUGAUCAGAGCUUCUUGCUCAGAUUGAGCAACCAAACAGUAGUGGUGGAGGAAACCUCUCUGGCGCCUGGGGCGGGGCACUGAGGGGCAGGGUGAACCCCCUAGCGGCGCAUGUGCAACACCCAUACAGAUGGCGCAUGCACAGUGCCCGAACGGAUGAUGCUCAAGCGGCAGCCUGUACAGACAAUGCAUGCGCAGCAGCCUGUAUCGGCGCCGCACACCCUCGGUUGCUCUACAGCUGGGGGGGGGCAGUGGGCCAUCUUGUCACCCCCCCAGGUGGCACCUGGGGUGGACCGCCCCCCGCCCCCCUUCAUACGCCCCUGCCAAGCAGGAGCCAGCAGUUAUACAAGGCCAAAUGCAACCAUAUUGGCUUAGUGCGAUUACCUGAUCCUUGCUGGGAUGGAAACCACACUACACUUUCCUUUUUUUUUUUUUAUAAGAUAUUUAUUAAGAUUUUCAAAAUAUUACAAAAUAAAAAUAAAAAAAGAAGAAAAUACAAAAUAAAUGGUUAAAAACAACUCAUUCUUUCCAUUACUUAUUUUUCAUUAGCUUGUUUCCUGGACCUCCUCACGCCUCCCUUUUUUGUAUUCCAGUUCGGUUUGUUGGUUCAGCAAAUCCUUACCCUCUUUGUUUAUCCUAGUCUUUAAUCUUAAAAUAUUGUAUACACUACACUUUCCAGCCAGCCGCAGUGGUGGCGCUCUGUGGCCCUGGACAUCAGGCCCUCUAGAGGUGCAAGGAAUAAGACUCCUGAUCCCAUUGCAAUAAUUCGCAGCUUGGUCCCCUCCAGGCUUGCGGUUCUCCGGUCUUCACCUGCUGUCUUCCGCAUGCCCCCUCUCUCUUCUGCGCAGGUACCUGCGGACCCUGUACCUGGGUCUCCAGAGCCGCUGGCAGUCGGAGCAUCGCCGGCGGCACUUCUACUGGAGGAUGAUGUUUGAAAGCGCCGACAUCAGCAUGCUGAGGCUCCUGGAGACCUUCCUCAAGAGCGCCCCACAGCUGGUGCUGCAACUCAGCAUCAUGGUACAGCAGAACAGAAUUGAUCCAUUGCAGGGUGAGUGGAGCCUGCGGAGAAGCCCCCUCAAAGCCCAUCAAAGUCCUCACCCAACUGGUGGUGAUUUAAGUUGAUUGCACCUAAGUACAGGGAUGCCUGUGCAGCUGAUUUGGAGGCCUUUUACUACAAGCCCGCUUCUCCAAAAGAUGGGUUGCUGAUUUUUUUUGCGAUAAGGAAAUUGUUAAAUGCGCUAGGAAAGUGUGGGAUGACGUUGGCUUUGUUGCAACCUCAUCUAACCUCCCUAAAAACAAAUCAUAACAAACGCCCCGUGGGCAACUUAUCUGUUGCUCCCGUCAAUAAAUUCUCGACCAGAUUAUGGGACGAGGAUUUGAUUCAGUAACUGGGGAGCACAGCAUCACUUUUUCCUUUCCCUAACUAUCAUAGGAGAGAUGCAGGUGGCACUGUGGGUUAAACCACAGAGCCUAGGAAUUGCCGAUCAGAAGGUCAGCGGUUCGAAUCCCCGCGACGGGGUGAGCUCCCGUUACUCGGUCCUAGCUCUUGCCAACCUAGCAGUUCAAAAGCACGUCAAAGUGCAAGUAGAUAAAUAGGUACCGCUCUGGCAGGAAGGUAAACGGCGUUUCCGUGCGCUGCUCUGGUUCGCCAGAAGCGGCUUCGUCAUGCUGGCCACAUGACCCGGAAGCUGUACGCCGGCUCCCUUGGCCUAUAGAGCGAGAUGAGUGCCACAACUCCAGAGUUGGCCAUGAUUGGACCUAAUGGUCAGCGGUCCCUUUACCUUUUAACUAUCAUAGGAACUGAGCAUGCUGAGGCUUAUUUCUGAGCAAACAUGGCUAGAAUUCCCCUCUUCCCCAGAGCCCUUUGCACAAAUCCAGCUAUCAUUUUUGGGCAGGUGAUGCAUGAAUGUAACAAUAUUUGCACCUCAGAUUGAUAUUAACAGUCAAGUCAAUGCUGCGAUUAUUCCAUUUCACCCCAAGUAUUUCCAUAUUUUUUAAAAAGAAAGAGAGAGGUUAAAAAAGGUUAUAUUUUCCACACCUUCAAAAUUUUCAGAAAUGUUGUAUCUCUUCCUGUCCCUCAAUCCUUUACCCUGUAGUACUCACUUUCUUCACCUUGCUGCUGCUUCCUGGUGUACCCCUGCAAUUUUACCUCUUUCUUUCCAUUUUCAGGCUGUUGCCUUCUUUCUUUUCUCUCUCUGUCUUCCUCGCAUCCUCUACUCAUACUUCCUGUUUCCACAGUAAAAAUGACUAUGCUGGGCCAGAGCAUAUAAUAAUAGAAAUGUAGGAUUGGAAGGGGUCCCCCAAAGGCCAUCUAGUCCAACCCCCUGCAAUGCAGGAAUCUCAGCUGGAGCAUCCAUGACAGAAGGCCAUCCAACCUCUGCUUAAAAACCUCCAAGGAAGGAGAGUCCACUAAUAAUUAUAAUUAUAAUAAUAAAUUUUAUUUAUACCCCGCCCUCCCCAGCCAAGACCGGGCUCAGGGCGGCUAACACCAGGUAAAAAACAAUUGAUUAAAAUACAACUUAAAAACAAGAUUAAGUACAACAUUAAAAUGGAGCCUCAUUUCAGUAGAAACUCAAAUCAAAAACUUUUUGGGGAUGAAAACGUCAAGUCUUCACCAAGGCCAACUGGUGACUGGUCCUACAUGGGCCAGAAAAAAGCCAGGGAAGUCCCCAAUUAGGAGUUCCAUCACAGAAGGAGAAAGGAGAAAGGAAAGAGGGGGAAGGGAUCAAGUUGAUUCCAAGCCAAAAGCCAGGUGGAACAACUCUGUUUUACAGGCCCUGCGGAAAUAAAUCAGAUCCCACAGGGCCCUGGUCUCAUGAGACAGAGCGUUCCACCAGGCUGGGGCCAGUGUUGGAAAGGCCCUGCUCUGGUUGAGGCUAAUCUGACUUCCUUAGGGCCCAGGACCUCUAGGGUGUUGCUGUUUAUGGACCUUAAGGUCCUCCGCGGGGCAUAGGGGGAGAGGCGGUCCCGUAAGUCUCCGAGGGAGACUGUACCACUGUAGAACAGCUCUUACACUCAGAAAGUUCUUCUUGAUGUGUAAUCAGAAUCUCCUUCUUGUCAGUUGAAUCCAUUAGUUUGGGUUCUACCCCCUGGAGCCGUGGAAAAGAACUGUCUCCAUCAGCAGUUACCAGUCUCUUUAGUUUCAGGAAAUGGGAAGUCUGGUGCAGUGCAAAUGCACCUCUAGUGGGGGUUUUUUUAAGAGGAAGCAAAACACAAUGCUCUCUCCAUGCUUCCGCAAAUCUCUCCUGUGCUCCUCAGCUCCUCCACCCCUCACCCUAAGCAGGUCAAAUGCUUCAUAAGGAACAGAUUCCUUCUCCCAGCAGUGGUCCAUCACAGGCAUCACUGGGAGAGGCAGGGGCAUGAUGCUGAAGGUGACAAAGAGGAUCUCCUGGCAGCGUGUUUCCACUGCGCUGGCCUCCUGAUAUAGGGUGUCCCCCUCUUUUCUUUCCAAACUACUCCACCCUCCUACAGCUCGUCUCUCUCUGUGUGCCAUAUAUUUCCUUGAGGUGGUCAUGACCGGCAUUACAGACGCGUCCACAAAGUUGUGACCCAAUCCCCUCUUAUCUAUUGAUUUCCCUGUAUCCCAUGUGUUCUCAAAGGAGCUCAGGGUGCACACACAAUUCUCUCCCUACAACAACCCUGUGAGGCAGGUUAGGCUGGGGAGCAAGGACUGGCAUCCAAGGUCAAUCCCAGUGAGUUUCAUGGCCAACAAGUGGGGAUCUGAACCCCAGCCUCCCCCAAACCCUAGUCCAACGCUCUAACCACCACACCACAAUUGGCUCCUGUUCUUGGGAUUUCCUCAACCACAACUCCGUUCUUCCUGCCUGUGUGCCUUUCUCACAUGCACACAGACUCAGGCUACUACCAGCAUCCUCCUGCUCAUCCUUCCAUCGCUCCAGUCUUUCUCCACGACCUCUUUCUCCUGUCCUCCUCUUGGACACCAGCCUUCCUGCCUCCACCUCCCUCUCUCUCCCCCCCUGCGAUCCCUCAGUAAGACCAUUUCUCUUCCCCCUAAUUCCCGGCUUUCCCUUUCUCUCUCUCUCUCUCCCACCUGGGCAGGUCUCUCGGCUUCCGCCUCGCUGGUGUCCCUGGCCUGGACGCUGGCUUCUUACCAAAAGGUGCUGCGGGACUCCAGGGAAGACAAGAUGCCCAUGUCCUACAAGGGGGCGGUGACGCAAAUCCUCUGGCACCUCUUCACCAUCGCCGCCCGGGCCAUCGCCUUCGCCCUCUUCGCCUCGGUGUUCCACCUCUACUUUGGGAUCUUCAUCGUCACUCACUGGUGCAUCAUGACCUUCUGGAUCAUCCAAGGCGAGACGGAUUUCUGCAUGUCCAAGUGGGAGGAGAUCAUCUACAACAUGGUGGUGGGCAUCAUCUACAUCUUCUGCUGGUUCAACGUCAAGGAAGGCCGCAGCCGCUGCCGCAUGUCCAUCUACUACGUCAUCAUCCUGUCGGAGAACGCCGCCAUGACGGGCCUGUGGUACUGGUUCAGGGACCAGAGUGGAGUCCCCGAGUCCAACGCCUUAAUUGUCGUCUGCGUGGUCACCUCCAGUUUCGCCUUAGGGGUCUUCUUCAUGUUCAUCUACUACUGCCUCUUGCACCCCAACGGAACCAUUUUCGGGCCGCGCGGCGGGGGCUGUGUGUGCGGCGAGGAGCCCACCGCGGUCCCUUGCAGGGCGGGGCCCCCGGCUGACGUCGUCACCAGCCCCCCGCGCUCCUUGCCGAGGACUACAGGGGCCGAGAGGGAGGGCGUGCCGGGGGACAGAGACAGCUGUGUGCCGGUCUUCCAGGUGAGGCCCAGUGUCCCCCCCACGCCCGUCGCCCGGGCCCCACGGACAGAGGGGCCCGUCAUCCGCAUCGACUUGCCCCGCAAGAAAUACCCCGCCUGGGAUGCCCACUUCAUCGACAGGCGCCUCCGAAAGACCAUCCUGGCCUUGGAGUACACCUCGCCCGCUACUCCUCGCUUGCAGUACCGCACGGUGGGGGUCUCUCAGGAGCUGCUGGAGUACGAGACCACGGUGUAA